CUCGACUUGUCUCUUUAAUAGUAGCAUUUGCACAUACACCCCCAAACCGUUUUCUCUCCGCUGCAUCAGAAGAUGGACAAUAUUACUGAGACUGAGCGACUGGAUCAAGCGUCUGUCCGUCCUGAACUGGGUACGGAUACCGAGUCUAAGCGAUGGGCUCAAACACUUCUUCAGUCUGAAACGAGCGGCACCACUGAGUUGAAACAAUCGGCUCAUUCAUCUCUUCUCGCGGUCACGACAGAUCAGGGCUCGCUCGGACAGGGUGGAAGCAACUCGGGCAAUGAUAGGUCCAAUGAUGGCCUGGCUAGUACUACUGCCUAUACCAAUGAAGAGCGUAUCACCAGCUCUCUCACUGAAGGUCUCCUGGCCAGGGCAUUGUUCAACUCUAGCGUCGAGGAAGAGUCACCUUCUGGGUCCUCAGCUAGUAGUGACUAUGGAGCCGUGGCCAAUACUCAUCGGGGUAUUCCACCCUUCUUCGGCGAGAAGUCUGACUCGGAUGUCUCUUCCUAUAGUGACUACGACGAGUACGACUCCAACAGUGAGCCAAGAGGCGAGUGGUCCGGCAUCUAUGACGAAAGUUACGAUGCCGACGAAGAGGACUGGUCCCAAUCUGGCGAAGGGGAUUCUGAGGAUUGGGACGACAAUGAGCAAGACGAGUCGGAAGUCAACCCCAACCUCAAUGAGCGCUUUUUGAGAGUUGUGCGUUCUCCUCCGAUGCGGCAUCGUCGACCCCUCCCUGGCCAGGGUAAGCGUGGCUGUUAAGUAGUCUGCUCGUACCAGCCUUUGGUUGCACUCCUUGG